AUUCGUGGCUCAUUCAAAUCGGGUCCAGAAUGGAUUUGGCUCGAAAAUCGAACGAUCGAAGCUUGCGACUGCAGGGAAGGGACCUGCCAUUUUGAUCAUUUUCAUCAGUCAACACCAUGCCAACUGCCCGAGGCGGAAGCCGUCGUCAAACGCUUGGCGUUGUCAGCAACACAGCGCCAAAUCGACAUGACAAUGGAGAUCUUCCUCCCAACAGCGCCCAAAAGGGCAGUCGAAAUACACGGAGCAAGAGUCGAAAGUCCAUGAUUCCUCGAGUGGGCCGUGACAACAGGGUGCCUCCUCCAAGUCCUGGUCUGGCCGCACCGACUCAAGCCAGUAGUAGUAGACGCAAAACAAGAGGCGACAAUAAUCGACGAACGACAAUGUCUGCCACGGAACAUACUGCAGCAAAUUACUCUCCCAUGCGAUCCGCGCUUCCACCGGCAGCAGCAGCCGCUCCUCCUCCUGUGGUUCGGACCGAUCCUCGACCCAUUCACGACAAGGGCUUCCAACAAGACUGUAUCAAGAAACUACUCAACUAUCUACUCCAAAGUGGCUACGAAUAUCCCGUCUCGCAAAAGUGUCUGGCCAGACCUUCCGGAAGAGAUUUUGCUCAAAUCGUCACCUUUUUACUCCGCAAAAUUGACCCCAGCUUUCAACAGACCACUGGUAGUUCUGUCACUAGUAAUGCAAAGGAUUCCAAUGCCAUGAAACUGGAGGAUGAAAUUGCCAUGAAUUUCAAGGCACUCGGAUAUCCCAUUCCCGUAUCCAAGACGGCACUGGUAGCAGCAGGAUCCACUCAUACCUGGCCGACACUGCUCGCGGCAUUGGUGUGGUUGGUGGAAUUGCUAGAAGUUCUAGAAGAAGACGUCGACGAAGAAAUCGUCAUUGAAGAUAGCAAGCCCUUUGAAACUCUCCAAGAACUCCAAAUCAACACGGACAAGGUCUUCUUCUCCUUUCUCGAAAAGUCCUAUAAUGCCUUUAUGGCAGAGGACGAACAGAUGCAACGAGAUCUACAACAGGCCCUCACCAUGCGAUUCGAACAAGAUGACGGAUACAUUGAACAGGAAAUUGAACGAAUGACGGAUUUGAACGCGACAAUAGUGGAGCAGAUGAACAAAAUGAUACAAGACACAGACGAGCUUCCUCUUUUGAUCAAGAAGCAAGAAGACUUCAAAGUCGAUCUGGAACAAUUCCGAGACCUCAACCGCCAGUUGGAUGAUCACGUUUCGGGUCUCCAACAAAAGAUCAAAAAGUUCAAAGAAGAUUUAGCCGCCAAGAACAAGAUACUCGAAAAGAAAAAUGAGACUAUCGAACACCUGAAAAAGACCCUGGGGAGCCAAGAUCUAUCAAAGGGCGACAUGUACAAGCUGGAAAGCGAGCUCAUUGGGGUCAAGGAAGCCAUGGAACGCGCCAACAAACAGAAAGAACAGCUUCGCCAAUCCGUUUGGGAAGACGAGGCCCAGCUGAACAGUCUCUACACCCAGUUGGAGGAUUCCAUCGCAGCCUACCACAUUAGCUUGUCAGAGAUCGCCUUGGCCCCCGAAAUGGAGAAACAUGCGGCAAAACUCAAGGUUGUUCUCGACAAGAGCCAAGCUCUGGAAACGGAUCAAAACAAGCUCCUCGGAGUCGAUCUCUCCUCAGUGGUGCACCCAACACUUAUUCAGUUCAAGGAACGUCUCGUCGCAAGAACCAACAAGGCUGGACAAGACUACCAGCAGGCACUUGAUGAGCUAGACGCUGCAAAACAACAAUUCUCAGAGUGCGUGGAAAAGCUGCAGAUCCUGGAAGCCAAGAAGGAGAAGCUUGAGGAGACGAUGGAACGUGAAAGACAGACGCAUGAAGCGAAACUAGCUUUACGAUUGCGAGAAGUUGAGGCCAUCGAGUCGUCUGUCGGGUCCAUCAACGAUCCGGUGGCGAUGGAAGGACACUUGGCGCGAAAUGAACGACAAGUCACCGAAAUGGAGGCGUUGCGCCUCCAGAAGCAGGAAGAGAACCUUGCCAACAAGAAGGCCGUCGAAGAUGAGAUUGCCGCCGCUUGCCAGGCUAUUAUGGAAAAUGAAACCUUUAUGAAGGCCAAGGCUGCUGAGGUGUCGCAAUAUUGGCUCAUGAAACUGACCAAUGUAUCGAAUGCAUCUGUCAAGUCAACCGAGAAGUGAUUGAUGCAUCCCCCACCGACGCAGGCAAUGAAGUAGUUUCUGACAACAACAGAUGCGCUCCUUAUUUGCGAGCUGCUAGAUUAAGCAUUACUAGUACUAUACUAUAGAGAAGACAAACGACUUCCUA